AUGGCCAGCAUGCCCUCGUUCGACUAUGUCGACGACCCGCCCCAGCCACUCGUGUGCCCCAUCUGCAGGGACCCGCUCGACGACCCAGUGACAACCCCGACCUGCCAACACAUGUACUGCCGCACCUGCCUCGACCGCGCACUCCAACUCGCCCCCUCGUGCCCCGUGUGCCGAACCCGCCUCGACUCGCUCGACAACUGCCCAGACGCCCCUCGCGCCAUCCGACACCUCGUCGCCGACCUCGCCAUCCAGUGCACCACCUGCUCAACCCACAUGCGCCGCGACGACUGGUCCCACCACGCCUGCCCCUCGUCCUCCUCGUCCUCCUCUUCGUCCUCGUCCGUCGACCGCACCGACCCCGACCACUGCGACCUGUGCAGUCAAGACAUCCCUCACGACGACGCCCAGAACCACGCUUCCCUGUGCCCCGCAGCCCACGUCCCCUGCGCCUACUGCGCCCUGCACCUCCCCCGCGCCUCGCACCCAGCCCACCUCCUGUCGACCUGCCCGGCCGUCCCCUCGCCGUGCCCGCACGCCCCGCACGGCUGCCCCUGGCUCGGCCCGCGCUCGUCCUCGUCGUCCGCCUCUGGCUCGACCGCCCUCGACGACCACCUCGCGCACGAGUGCGUGUACGAGCCCCUGCGCGACUACCUCGCCCUCGUCGACGGCCGCAUGCGCGAGCUCGAGGGCGACAACUGGGCGCUCCGGGCCCGCGUCCGGCGGUGCGAGGACGCGCUCGACGAGGUGAGGGCCUUGGCCGGCGCGCUCAGGGGCGCCAUGGGCGAGUUUGCGCCGCUCCAUGUUGGAGCGAGCGGCGACGGUGGCGAGGUCAAGCCGCAGCGCGCGAUGUCGCGUUCGCCGACUCGGCGCGCACGGACCCCGCCUCGUCCCUCUUCGCCCUCUCCCCCUCCUCCCUCCAACCCCGCCGCACCCGCACCGACCCCCGCCCCCCCCUCGUCGUCCUCCCUCCCCGCAACCCUCGCCGCCCUGUCGUCGACCACGGCGUCGCACACGUCGCAGCUCGCCUCGCUCGCGCACGCGCACGCCCAGCACGCCCAGCACGCCGCCGACGAGCUCGCGGGCGUGCGCGCCCAGCUCGGCGGCGUCCGCCAGCAGGUCGCACAGUGGGCCAUGCUGCUGCACGACCGCGAGCGCGAGCGCGAGAGGGAGCGCGAGCGCGACGAGUGGGCCAGGGCGAGCUGGGCGAGGCGGACGGGCUUGGGCACGCGCUCGACGAGCGACGAGGCGCCCUUUGCGCCGCACCCGCACGCGCACGCGCACGCGGCGGCGCUCGGCGACUCGGGCGGCAGCAGCGGCAGCGACGACGAGUACGGCGCGCCUCCCUCAGCGGCUGCCGCGUCCUCCUCCUCGCGCGCGUUCGGCCCGCCACCGCUGCCGCCGCUCGGCUCGUCCUACCCCGGCGGCGGCGCAGGGACGUACCCGUCGACGGCGUUCCGCAGGGCGCCGCACCUCGCGCUGCCGCCGGGCUUGCGCCUCGUACCGCAGCACGAGCUGCUCGGCGGCGGCGGCGGCAGUGGCGGGUGGGACGGCGGCGGCGUCGGAGCGUACGGCUACGGCGUGCACGAGCCGGCGGCGCCGGCGAUGAUGAUGCUCGGCGGUUUGGCAGGAGGAGGCGGCGGUGGCGGUGCUGGAGCAGCAGGAGGAGGAGGAGGAGGGCCCGGGCGCGCGAGAGGGGUUCCGAUCCCGAUGGGCGGGGCGGGCGCCGUCAAGCUGUAGCGACGGUAUGCCACAGAGCGAGUGCAUCUCGUCGAG